GUCUAGAACUUAAUGAUUACCAAUGUAGGUCUGGGGGCUCAAAAACCAAAAUGUGAUGUCAAGAAAAAGUGAAAGAUUCUCUCCCAUGAAAGUCACAAGAGAUGAAAACAUGCUGAAUGAGCCUAAAUGGACAUGAUGGAGUUAUGGAUGUGGAUUAAAACUGAGAGUGUUGGAAUAUAAGGAUAUAAUAUUGAUUUAUGAAGGUGAACAGUCAAAUGUUAGUGCAGGAUCUGAACUGAAGGGGAAAUAAGGGUCCUUGGUGGCUGAGGAAGGGAGGAGGGUAGAAAGAGGUGGUACUAGGGGAAGCAGCACACAGGAAGAGGCAAUAUCACCCGAGACUAGAUGCUGACCAUCUCUGGCAACCAGGAAAAGGCAAAUACAAAGAGAGAUGUGUGACAAUGCCUGGUCUGCUGGUCACAGCGAGGCACCUCGAGGAGAGGACGGCUAGGAGCAUACGACCCGGAAAGGUUCAGGUCAGGAAAGGUGAAUAACUGUGCUUGAAGAAGAAUAUUCCCAACAUGGACAAACCACGCCAAGAAAAUGAAGAAGAGCCGCAGAGCGCGCCGAAGACCAAUGAGGAGAGGCCUCCGGUGGAGCACUCUCCCGAAAAGCAGUCUCCCGAGGAGCAGUCUUCGGAGGAGCAGUCCUCGGAGGAGGAGUUCUUUCCUGAGGAGUUCCUGCCUGAGCUCCUGCCUGAGAUGCUCCUUUCGGAGGAGCGCCCUCCGCAGGAGCCUCUUUCCAGGAAGGACCUGUUUGAGGGGCGCCCUCCCAUGGAGCAGCCUCCUUGUGGUGUAGGAAAACAUAAGCUAGAAGAAGGAAGCUUUAAAGAAAGGUUGGCUCGUUCUCGCCCGCAAUUUAGAGGGGACAUACAUGGCAGAAAUUUAACCAAUGAGGAGAUGAUACAGGCUGCAGAUGAGCUAGAAGAGAUGAAAAGAGUAAGGAACAAACUGAUGAUAAUGCACUGGAAGGCAAAACGCAGCCGUCCUUAUCCUAUUUAAUGUGUUAGGCCUUUAAUUCUGUUUUGCCUGCUAAUAGUAUUGCCAUUGCCACCUGGACUUUCUGUUUGCAUUUUCUUCAUGUCUAUUCCCCUAUUCUGAAUUUUAACUUUUUGCGAGGCUUUAUUUUAGAUGUUUAGUUUGUAACUAGCUUAAAGUUGGGGUUUCCCCCCUAAAAUCUGCAAGUUUCCCCUUUCAAUCAUGAGGUCUACACAUUUGCAUGAAAGAUGUACAUUAUAUAUUGUGAAAUGAAAAAAGCAAUUUUCAAAUGGUAUGGAUUGUACUCCAUUUUUGUAAAAAAUGUAUAUAUAUUAAUAUGCAAAGAAAAAACUAAAAGUAUAUACUUCAAAGGCAUAACAGUGGUUAUCUGUGUGAUAAUAGGUGAUUUUAAAAAUUUUUUGCUUUAUCUGAAUUUCUCAUUUUUUCAAGACAAACACGUUUUGCUUGUGUUGCAAAAAACAUAUAAUGAAAAAAUAUCAUGCAAUUUUGAAGAAGACUGUCAAUCAGCUUAUAAAGACAAUGUGGCACUUAAUAAAUACUUGUCAGAACUUAAAAAACAUAAAAGUGAAUCCUAUGUUUUUUCUGAUCUCUUAGGCACAAAUACAAACCACAUAUUGAUUAUAUUUAAUAGAUUUUUUUCUCUUUUAAAUAAGAAUAAUACCUGCUUUACAGUGCUACUGUGGGACCAGAUGAGAAAAAGAUUGUGUGAGCUGUGUUUGAGGUUUUUAUUCUACCAGCAGAGGCAGGACCCUAACCCCCCCCCCCACUAUAGAUUCCCUGCAGACACAGGGGAAGGUACCCAAAGGAGAUCUCACUUGUGCUCACAAACAAUUCCGGUGAGAUUCCAGGUGAGUGCCACAUUCUAUUCAUGUCCUGCUGUGCUCUCAGAUACCUACCGUAUCUGCUAGGCACAGCUGCUCCUUCUCCUGGGUCCUGAUCCUUCCACUGGCUCCCAUCCCCGCUGACACGCUGGAGUGCUCAAGGUGCAAAGCCUCACUGAUUGCUCUGGAGUUCCUGGUGGUCCCAAGCUGAAUUGUGUCUCCUACAGAUAUAUCAAUGCCCUUCUUCCAGCUUUAAUAUUGCACUUAGCUAGGAGGAUACCAUCCCAAUGCUGCUUAGACCUCAAAGUCUUUAAAAAAUGUUUAGUAAAAUAGUUCUUCCAUUUUUUUUUUCAUCCAGAGCCUUCCUUUUCUCCAUUGGACUCAUGAGUCCACCUUUUCUCCACUGGACUCAAACAUGAUUCCACUAGGUCCUGGGCUAGGAGACAAAAUUAAUGAGCCAGACACCAUGCUGUAUAGUCAGAAUUGGAAUGUCCCUCCCAAAUAUCCAAGGAUAACUAUCAUUUUCAUUACCUGACUUGCCUUUGGGUGAGUUCUCGCUCAGGGGCUUCUGGCAAGCUUGCCUUGCCAAUUCAGCUGACUUGCUCAACUUGUGUAAAUUAAAGAGGAAGAUAAUGCUUAGGCUCAAACUAGGACAUUCCCCUUCUACACUGCUCCAUAUAAGCAAGACACAUGCAAAACUACUUUCUAUGACAUUAAAGUACUAUAUAUGUAUAUGUACAUAAACAUGUAUAUAUCAGAUAUAAUUAUGAUUUCUCUAUUAAACUAUGUUUAUAAAACCUAA